UUUAUUUUGAAUAUUUAAACGGAUUGAACGGAAUUUUUAUUCUGAAAGAGUCUCAAAGGAUCUAACAAGGCUAAAUCUUUUGUGUUUCAACUUGUUUGGAAGUGUUUCGUUUAAACACAUGAGUUUAAAGUCAGUUGUGGUGAAAUCCAGUGGAGCACAGCACCAUGGCCAUGAACAUCCCAGGAGUGAUAGUUAUGCUGAUGUUCUACCUGCUGGUCCUUGGGACAGGCAUCUGGGCUUCCUUUAAGUCAAGGAGGGAGCAGAAGAAAAGUGGGGCUGGUGAAAUGGAGAUGUCUCUGCUUGGAAACAGAAGAAUCAGUUGGAUGGUAGGGGUUUUUACCAUGACAGCUACCUGGGUUGGAGGAGCUACCAUUGUCGGCACAGUUGAGAUGGUGUACACACCUUCAAUGGGACUAAUCGAGGCAGUCACAGUGACUCUUGCAUACAGCAUAAGUUUUCUUUUAUGUGGCCUGGUGUUUGCUAAACCACUGAGAGAACAGAACUGUGUCACCAUGCUGGAUCCUUUUCAUGUAAAGUAUGGAAAAGUUCUAACAGCCAUGAUCACAUUGCCCUCAGUUUUAAUUGAACUGGCAUGGGUGCCUGCAACGCUUAUUAGUUUAGGAGGAGCAAUGAAUGUAGUCCUGAACUUGUCCUACACUGCGUGUGUCUGGAUCUCUGCUGCUGUUGUUAUCUUAUACACACUGAUGGGAGGUCUCUACUCUGUGGCCUACACUGAUGUAAUACAGCUGAUUCUUAUAUUCAUAAGUAUGUGGCUCUGUGUUCCCUUUAUUCUGAUGAACCCCAGCUGCACAGACAUUGGCCAGACACUGAUGAACAACACCCUACACACUCCCUGGAUUGGUUCACCACAACUGAAGAGGACUGGGCUCAUGAUUGACCAAUUCUUAUUUUUUUCACUUGGGAGCGUAGGGUAUCAGUGCCUUCACCAAAGAACCUUGGCCGCUUCCUCCUUACACACCGCCAAGAUGACAAGUGUGAUCGCAGCCUUCCUCUACACCGUGUUCUUAAUUCCUCCUAUUCUAGUGGGAGCUGCUGCUGCAUCUAUAGAUUGGAAUCUGACAUCCUAUGGUUCCCCAUCUCCAAUGGAACGUGGCAAAGCAGCGAUGGUCCUGCCUAUUGCCUUCCAACACCUUACACCACCCUUCAUUUCUGUUAUCGGAAUCGGCUGUAUAGCUGCUGCUGUGAUGUCAUCAGCUGACUCUUGUUUGAUUUCAGCAACUUCUCUCUUCAUCUGUAACAUUUACAAAAAACUCCUAAGGCCACAGGCGUCAGACAGAGAGAUUCAGUGGGCGAUCCGGGUUACUGUCUUGGUAAUGGGCUUGGUUUGUACCUCACUAACCAAUGAGACAAACAGCAUCCUAUUGUUCUGGUUUAUUAGUGCUGAAGUGGCCUACAUCGCAAUCUUUCCCCAGCUGAUUUGCGUUCUCUUCUUCAAAAUAUCCAAUGGUUACGGAGCUGUUAUGGGCUAUGUGGUGGGACUAGGGCUGAGACUGCUCUCUGGAGUCCCAACAAUAGGACUUCCUGUUGUCCUCUGUUUCCCAGGAUGUGUCCUUGAGGAUGGCGUUUAUGUCCAGUACGCUCCAGUGAAGACCAUCUCUAUGGUGUCUGCUGUUGCUGCCAUAUUGUUGUUCUCCUAUCUGACAUCUGUGCUCUUCAACAAAGGUCUGCUUCCUGAGAGGUGUGAUGUGUUUAAGGUAAAAGUUCAACAUACACCACAGCAGCUGAGUCCAGCACAUGAUACCAAGGAAGGCCAUGAGAUUGAGAUGUUGAUGCAUAAAUGCUCUCAAACUGAGUCCUCAGAACCAAUGAUCAACCCCAAACCCCAAUCACAAAAGACUGUGGAAUGAUGUGGUCAGUAUCAUAACUCAUAAACAAAGCUCAGGGGUAGAAGCUUUUGUUCUUGUCAUGAUAAGUAUUUUGUCAAUGUUUGUCAUUAAAUAAUUUAAAAAUGUGUUUUAUUCACAAAACAUAGUCUUGUUGUAUUCAUGCAUAGCAUCUACCUGCAUGCAUUAUUUUUGAUGGACUCAUCAUGUGUUAAAGGGUAAACAUUUGUUUUAUUUUUUAUAACCAAACAAAAAAGACUUCAGAUAAAUAUGUGCACAAAGAUGACAUAAACAUACGGUUUUCUUUCAAACCUUGUAGCAAACCUUUCCUGUUUGCUUUGCAAAUGUUUUAAUUCAUGGUUUUUAUUCCAUUUUGGUGGGAAAUGUUGAACAUGAAUUACAGCUAAAACAAUGCAUUUAACUAUAAUGUGAAUUCUAUGAGCAGAGAUCUACUUGGUGUGUUCAAGUACAAGCAACAUCACCUCAUGGAAUUCAUCCGAAUCCAGACACAUACAGUUGAGGUAGUCUGAGAUAUCUGUGUUUGUUGUCUGAUUUUUGUAAUUUACUUGAAAAGAUUAAAGGUUUGAUUGAAUGUGAGUUUCUUAACCUGACAAUUAACAUAAAAAAUAUUUAUUGCGUAAAGCAAUGUACAACAUUUGUAAGUUGAAUAAAGAAUAACCAAUUGCAGAAAUGUUUAUUAAUACAUUAUAGAUCAGUUACAUCUAUAUAGUCUUCCAGUUACAAAUCACCAUUGGAGGGCAACCAUAUUACUGAUGUGGACUCAGAUGUUUCUUAAUAGAAACUUUAGAACCACUGAACAGGAGAAUCCAUUAGAAAGACCAAGUGAGACCGGUGUAGCCACUGUUGUGUUUUAAGAAAGCCGUCGUGCUGCUGUCACCAUUGAUCUGACGGAAUUUACAUAGAACAAAGUAAUUUUCCUUCUGGACACCACCCGAGCCCCUACA